AUGACGGCGCAAAUCUUGUCUAUGCAUGCUGCGCACGCGUCGGAUUUAGGCAAGAUCCAGACGCAGUUUCGAGACAAGAUGGACACGACUGUUGGCGCCGCGAGCGAGCCCCCAACCCCCGCAUCGCCCGACAGCGGCGAGACCCGUGGCCGGCGACGCGACAGAGACGAAGACGGCGACACUGGCGACGGUGAGGGUGACGGCCAUGGCUCCUCGAGGAAGAGAAGGCGCAGCAGGAAAGGCCUGGACAAGAAGUUCGAGUGCCCGCACGAGGGCUGUGGAAAGAGCUACUCCCGCGCAGAGCAUCUGUACCGCCACCAGUUGAACCACAACCCCAAGCAAAUCUACCACUGCGACUUUCCUGAUUGCCACCGCUCCUUCGUCCGACAAGACCUAUGUGCGCGCCACAAGGAGAGACACACGGCACGGGGCUCGCAACUACUGCGCAAGGAUACCUUCAACAUGCACAAUCUGAACCCCAUCGUGACAGCUGCACUGGGUGGAAAGAAUGCACCGUCUUCAAAACCACACGGCAUCAAGACCCAAGGGCCGCAUGGCAUGCAGUCUCCGCCCUCUGGAGCCUCCAACACUGGCCCCGGCAACCGAAUGUCUCCGCCAAACUUCCAGUCUCCUGGCUCGACUACCACCCUUAGCAGGCAAGACUCGCUACAAAGGACGGGGAGCGACGAUACCUACCGCAGUGGCUCAGAGGCUAAGCCCUACGACAUGCAGUCCCAGAGCUCUGGGAGCUUUGCACCCCCACCGCGUCCGGCCGCUUUGGGCAACUAUGGUGGAGGUCGCACCUCUCUCCACAACUCCCCACAUGUGGGUAAUGGUAACUUCACACGGCCCGAUCUGCGCGCGCAGACGUCAAACAUGAGCUCAUACGGCUCGAGCUCACCCUACAAUUCUGCCGUUACACCAUCCCAGUAUACUCCCUCCGCACCCUCGACCGGCUACCAAAACAGCGCAAGUGCGUAUCAAUCACAACAAAACUUCCCUCCCUUCUCCUCCUUACCCCCACCAGAAUAUCCUCAACCAACAGGCACCCCUGUCUCUCGAGAACAAGAGAACCAGUUUUACAAUGGCACUUCUGGACAGACGCCCAUGAACGGUGUCGAGUCCACAGGCCAGAUAGACAACAGAAUGCAGAAUGUCUCUGACGCCAUAAUGGAGCAAAACCCUGCGUAUGCCAUACCAAUGUUUGGUGGUGCUGGAUACAGUCGGUCACCAUUCGCCAUGGCCGACGACUUUGCGGCGUGGCUCUUCAACGACAACCAGUUCAACCCAGGAGGUGCAUCGCCCAUGGAAUAUCCGGGCGGAGUAAACCCCGUAGCUGGUGCGUCAUCCCAAAUUGGACUUCAAGCACCGUAUUUUAACUAUGACCCCUCAGUCGCUGGCUACCUGAACAACCCUGCGCCACCCGCACAUCCAAUGGCUGUUCAUAGCAUACUAGACACCACGCUUCCCGAAACCGCCCUGUCAGAAGACAAGCGGAAAGAUCUCCUUGAUCUCAUCCACUUGCGCUUCAACGAAACAGAUCAUGCGCCAGUCAAGAAGCAAAAGGAGGAUAUCAUGGACGGUGAUAAAGACGACAGCCGUCACGUAUUGAGUCUGCACAUGAUGCAAACAUACAUCAGCUCGUACUGGGUUCACUUCCACCCACAGUUACCAAUCCUCCACAAGCCAACAUUUAACGCAAGCACCUGCCCUGAGCUCCUAUUGCUCGCCAUCAUGUGUCUCGGAGCUUCUUGCUUGGAAAAGAAUUACGGUCAAGAGACGACACAGGCUUGCGCUCAACUGGCCAACUUCUUGGCCUGGCACCUGCGUUGGGAACUCUUCAUGGACGCUGACUUCCGUCCACCCGCUAAAUUAUGGAUAUUCCAGGGCUUGCUCCUUCUAGAGGUCUUCGAGAAGAUGUACUCUACACGCCCAUUGCAUGAACGAGCGCACAUCCAUCAUGCCACGACAUUGACACUGAUGAGGCGAGGAAGCUCGUUGAUCGGACGGUCAGCCAUGGAUUCGCCUCCUAGUGUCAAGGAUGGAAAGAGUAAUGGCAUCGGCGGAGCAAACACACCCGACGAAUGGUGGAACCAUUGGAUCACGAAUGAGGCUACUAGGAGAGCAGCAUUCGCGGCCUUUGUGAUGGACAGCAUCCACGCUACCAUGUUUGGCCACAGCGCUGUCAUGGUUGCUCACGAGAUGCGUCUUCCACUGCCAUGUGACGAAGCUCUCUGGUCUGCAACGAGUAGUUCCGAAGUGGGUCGGGUCGAGCAAUCCCUGACUUCUAAUGGUAUCAAACCAAUGUCCUUUCUUGAUGGUCUUAAGAAGACACUGAAUGGACAGACGGUACGGACCAAUUCCUUUGGGCGCACGAUACUUAUGGCAGGUUUGCUGAGCGUGUCGUGGCAUAUGAACCAGCGGGAUUUGCAAGUCAGCUCGCUUGGUGUGACAACAGCACUAGGUGGACGCGACAAGUGGCGGGGAUCCUUAACCCGUGCUUUUGACUUCUGGAAGCAGGAUUUCGACAGCUCACUUAACCGAUCAGAGGACCGCUCUGCUUCGAGCUCAUACGGAUACUCUCAUGGUAUUGAUGACGACAACGUUUUCGAAUCCCGGACCGUCCUCCAUCACUUGGCGCAUAUGGCCAUGCACGUCGAUAUAGUCGAUUGCCAGAUUUAUGCAGGCGCUCCCAGACUACUUGGGAGAUCGAUAACCCCGCAAGAUUACAACGGUGCGCAACGCCGCAUGAAGGAGAUGUGGGCCCCCACUGCCCGAGCCCGGGACGCCACUUUCUACGCUCUCCGCUUCCUUUCCAACGUCAUGGUCGCAGGGGACCACAGUUUAAAUCCCAACACCCCAUCUAGCGCCGGUUUCUCCUACUCGGCGCGCGACGACUACCUUCUCAAUCGGCCAUGGGUGCUGUACUUUGCCACACUGAUCGUCUGGUCGUACGGUUUCGCGCUCGAUGGCCCAGUCAAGGAGCCAUACCAACUUCCAAGCUAUGACGACAAGGUCAGGGACAUGGUACUCUACCUCAACCGUGUUGGUGGCGUAAGAUCACCUGAGGACUUGAGCAAGACAUCAAAUCGCAAUGCUUGCUUGGGACUGUUGAUCGUUAUGAGGGACAUGUUCAAGAAGACGAGGUGGGAGUUGCUGCAUGAGGCAAGCAACUUGCUGACCAAGUGCAUUGAGAUGCUACUUCCUGGCGCAGGUGGGCUAUGA